UUAUGGGGACGGCAUGAUGGUGCAGUGGUUAGCACUGUUGCCUCACACCUCUGGGACCCAGGUUCGAGUCUCCGCCUGGGUCACAUGUGUGUGGAGUUUGCAUGUUCUCCCCAUGUCGUUGUGGGCUCUCUUCCGGGUACUCCGGUUUCCCCCCACAGUCCAAAAACAUGCUGAGGCUAAUUGGAGUUGCUAAAUUGCCCAUAGGUGUGCAUGUGUGCGUGAAUGGUGUGUGAGUGUGCCCUGCGAUGGGCUGGCCCCCCAUCCUGGGUUGUUCCCUGCCUCGUGCCCAUUGUUUCCGGGAUAGGCUCCGGACCCCCCGCAACCUGGUAGGGUAAGCAGUUUGGAAAAUGGAUGGAUGGAUAUACAUCAUUUUUGUGUUUUGUUGACCUCAAUCAAUACAUUUCCUAGUCCUAAAAUCAAUGGGGAAUGUAAAGUAUUAUUUUUUCAUUAAUUCAUUUAACUUACUGUAGGAGAGGUUAUAUACUGUAGAUAACUAACUUUGAAACUCAGUAUGUGUCAGAGUUCGCCUGGUAAGCGGGUAAUCGCACUGGCAGGAAGCAGGCAAGCAGGCGAAGUACAGGGAAAACGGGGAUUUAUUGCAGAAAUCGGGGAAACGGAGAGCAGGAAACAUCAGACAUUGACUAACAUCAAUGAUGGACAAGAAACCAGGGCAAGACACGGACUGAAAUAGAUGAGACUGGGCGAAAAUAAUUGGACACAGCUGGGCAAGAUCAGGGAAGCACACGUGGAUAAUCAGGGGGCGUAGCAUACACGAGGAUCGGAUGAGCCGGGCAUGACAGUAUGCUCAUGGUGAAUAUAAUUUGUCCAUGCGGCUAAAUUGUCCAUUAUGCAAAAAGGCACAAAAAAUAUAUCCAAGUAAAAGCAACGCUGUCAAUUCCACCUUCCUAGCUUAUUGAAUGUAAGUCAUUUACAUUUAAUCGCUCUGGCACAAUUUUGAUCUCAAUGUCACAGAAACACAAGAUAAAUAUUAUGCUCAAGAUAAGUGCUUUUGACCCCAUUUGAGGAAAAACUGAUGUAAAACAUCCUACGGUCUCAUUUACAGUUGUUUUCUUAUCCUACUGAUAAAGAGCUACACUGAAUAAACCAGAAGCCUGUAUAUAAAACCUGGACCUGCAGUUUUCCAACAGCUUUCCAUUUGAGUGGAGACAAGUAUUCACAGCCAUGAUGAAGCUAGCCUUUCUGCUGUUCGGCCUGGUGGCCCUCUCCGAGUGCCUGCACAAGUUUCCCCUGAUAAAGGGAAAGACCGUGAGGCAAAAAAUGCAGGAGAAGGGUCUAUGGGAUGUCUUCAGGCAGAAGCAUCCCUACAAACCCAUGGCCAAGUUUGACAGCAGCUAUGCAGUUGGCACUGAAUCUAUGACUAAUGAUGCUGAUCUGUCAUAUUAUGGUGUGAUCUCUAUUGGAACUCCCGCCCAGUCCUUCACGGUGCUUUUUGAUACUGGCUCUUCUAACCUGUGGGUUCCCUCCACCUACUGUUCCAGCCAAGCUUGCACCAACCACGCGUUAUUUGAUCCUCAGCAGUCCUCCACCUUCGAGGGCACCUCCCAGACUGUGUCCAUUCAGUAUGGCACUGGCAGCAUGACAGGCUACCUGGGAUAUGACACUGUUGAGGUUGGUGGGAUCACCAUUGCCAAUCAGAUCUUUGGUCUGAGUGAGACGGAGGACGACUUCAUGUACUAUAUGGUACCUGAUGGGAUCCUGGGACUUGCCUUCCCUUCACUUUCUUCUUCUGGUGCCACCCCAGUCUUCGAUAAUAUGAUGAGCCAGGAGCUGGUUUCUCAGGACCUGUUUUCCGUCUACCUGAGCAGCGAUAGUGAAGAAGGCAGUGUGGUGAUCUUUGGUGGGAUCGACGAGUCAUAUUACACAGGUUCCAUUUACUGGAUCCCACUGUCUUCUGAAUCCUACUGGCAGAUCAGCAUGAAUAGUGUGACUAGCAAUGGAGAGGCUGUCGCUUGUGCUGGUGGUUGCCAAGCUAUUGUGGAUACCGGCACCUCCUAUAUUGUUGGACCAAGCAGUGACAUUCAAAACCUCCUGAGCUUUUUGGGCGCUUCUGUGGACCAAAAUGGAGACGCAUUCGUGAACUGCAACAGCGUGGGAUCUAUGCCUGACCUGACCUUUACCCUUGGUGGAUAUGCCUUCAGUAUCCCUUCCUCUGCUUAUGUAUCUCAGAAUAGCAAUGGAUGCAUGAUUGACAUUAGUAAUGGUGGCAACAGUGAGCUCUGGAUCCUGGGUGACGUCUUCAUCAGAGAGUUCUACACCAUCUUUGAUAGGGGCAACAAUCAAGUGGGUCUUGCUGUAGUUGCAUGAUGCAGCUGGAUCAGCUUAAUACUGUGUAAACGACAUGUGAAAUGUAGGAUUGUAUAUGUAGGAUAACCAUGAGAAACAGACCAGAAAAGUGUACAAGUAACAAACGUCCCAUCCAUAUGAUUGUCAUAAGUCAAUGAAUGCAAGCAAUAUUCCAUUAAAGUGUUUCCCUUUGACGCUUUCA